AUGGGUUUAAAUGGAAUGGGUUCAAAAGUUAGCACAAACAAUUCAAAUUUAACUAUAACAAAUAAAAGUUUGAAUGGAAAUGAAAUGAAUAAUAUGAAAGAUAAUUGUAAUGUAAUUAUGAGACCUAAAAAGGAAAAGCAACAACAAAAAUUGAUACGAUAUCGACCGCUAAGUACAGCUAAUUCAUAUGCUUCAUCACUUGCUUCAUCCGGGAUGACCGAUAUUAGAUGGCGUAAUUCGCAUGUUUCACCAUGUUCAUCAUUGUCAACCAGUUGUCAACUUUUCCAUGAAUCACCUAAUAUGUGGAAAUAUGAAGGGUAUUUGGAAGAAGAAAAAACAAUAAUUAACCGUGGCCUAGAAAAUGCGAAACGAUUAGCCGCUUGGUAUUGUGAGCGUUUGAAAAGUAUCGAAAAACGAAGCAGUCUAUUAGAUCGAGGAUUGGUGCCUGUUGAUGAUGCUGUACAUGAAGAAAAGCUAAAUUAUCUUCGUGCUCAUAUUGCUGAACUCAAUCGACGAAUAAUAUCAUUAAUGGAAAGUAGUGAUCAUUCAUUUCCAACACAUUCAAAUUUACAGGUAAGGACACAAAUGCCACAACCGAAUGAUGAACAAAGUCAAUAUUACAGACGACAAAAUAUUAAAUUAUGUCAGGAAUUGGCUGAUAAAAAAUCAUUUAAUCGAACGACUUCUCUAUGA